AUGAUCAAAAUCUGCCAGGAGUAUUCGAAGCCAGUGCAAUUGGAAUUUCUGGACUUCGAAGACGCUUUCGACUCUUCACAUCAAAGCCGUCUUCUCAACGCACUUCGCGCCGAUGGAGUACCAGCAAAGGUAUGUCACAAUGAAGAUCUUUUCGCAGAAAUUGAUGUGGUGUGCCGGCGAAUCACUCAUCUGAAAGAAAAAUAUCAACAUCUUGCACCGCCAUCAAAAGUAGCUGCAGAAAAUCGUCUUCGCCUCUUUGGUGAUGUACUGAGGAGGCCAGAAGAUCGUGUUGUCCAACGUUUUGUGAGGAUUUUGUCCAGUUCACGCUAG